AUGGCUCAGCCGAUGAGGACCAUUCCCGUUCCCGGCCCGCAGGUGCACCGAAACAGCCUUCAGUCGAUCCAGGAAGGCCUCCCCGGCCACGUUGAGGAGAGUGACGAGUUGAUGCCGACAGGCGUGGUGCGACCAGCCCACCCAACGGCGCGGAUCGCCCCGGGGCCCCCUGAGGAGAGCGCACCGAUGGAGCUCCACCCGCUGCCGCCAGUGGAGCAGCUGGCGCUCGAGCUGGGUGACAUCAUCAACAGGCAGCACUCGGAGCUGCGGAGACGCCUCGACGGGUUUGUCCUCCACAGUCGCCAGCGCCCGUCGAAGAACAGCGUGGGCGUCUGCUCGCCCGCAGACGGCCCCGAGGUUUGGUCCGCGCGCCCGUCGAGGAGCAGCUUCGCGAUGGGGCGGGCCUCGUGGGCGUUCGACCAGCCUGGCGUGCCAGAGCAUCGGCGCCCUUCAGGUCGCCCAACAAAGAGCUCACGAGUGCUCGACGAAGCAGAUCAGAGUACCACGUCGAAGUAUGUCUGGGAGAACCAGAAGAAGCCACGCAAGACGGGCAGGAUCAGUGAGAUUUCGAUGGGCGAUAUCAUCACGAGAAGGACGACAAGAGAUUGGACGAGGACAAAAAGCAUGCCAGUCUGGAUGAAGGCAGUGACGGCAAACUCCAGUGGCUGGCGUAUAAACCUGCUGUCGAUGACCAACGACUGGAGGUACGAAACAGCGAACGCCUUUCUCAUUCUGGUCAAUGCCCUCCUUACGGCGUGGGAGACCGAAUAUGCUGCCACCCAGCUAAACAGUGGGAGUGGGGAGUACUACGUCCCUGCGCACUUUGUGUUCGUAAUGUUUGCCUCCUGCUUCUUUUUCACCCUGGACCUGGUCCUCAGGAUCAUCCCGAGGGGCGUCGACAUGUAUGGCGGGAAGGACUGGAAGUGGAACGUAUUUGACUCUGUAGUGGUCGCGGGCUCCUGGCUGGAGGUCGUCGGCUACCUGGGUGAUGUGGCGGACAACUGGCUGUCGAAUGCCUCGGUGCUGCGGGUACUGCGGCUCGUGCGUGUGUCGCGCGUCUUCCGCGCCUUUCGCUUCCUCGUGUACUUCCGGGACCUUCGAAUUACUGUCGCCAUGCUGUGCGAUGCUAUCAUCCCUCUGUUGACGUUCUCUGUCAUCAUGGCCGCAGUCUUCAUGGUGUUUGGGAUCUUUUUCACUGCCGGCGUCACUGCCCACAUGACAUCGAAUGGCAAAGACGAAAGCUUGAUUUUGUAUUACGGCAGUUUAUUCAAAACGAUGGCUACCCUGUACAUGGCGAUAACGGGUGGAAUUGACUGGGAGAAUGCUGCGACGCCCCUCUCGAAGCUCUCAAGCUUAUACUCCGUGGUGUUUUAUGUCUACAUCACUUUCUCGAUCUUAGCAAUGCUGAAUGUUGUCAAUGCACGGUGGCGGAUCUUCAUUGACAACACUAUGCAGAGGUCUAAAAACGACCGCGACUACGUCGUCCAGACGGAGAUGGAGGCCAAACGCGACUUCUUAUUUACCAUGGACACGUUGUUCGAUGAGCUUGACCCAGACCGCUCUGGUACGAUUGGCCUCGAUGAGCUCCAAAGUAAGAUCAUGGAUCCAAAGGUAAACGCCUACUUUCGAGCGAUCGACUUAAAUGUCUUCAAGGUGACGAAUCUGUUCCAGCUCAUGGACAGGGAUGAUUCGGGCGCGAUCGAUAAAAAGGAGUUCAGGGAGGGCUGUACCAGGCUGCGCGGUGAGGCCAAGGAGCUCGAUGUUGCCAUCCUCCAGCUCGAGAUGUCAGAGCUGACCGCGCUGUCGAACGACAUCUUCGACAGGCUGUCGCACCUGGGCGAGCACAUCGACCGACGCUUCGACGAGGUCGCCAAGAGCGACGCCACGACGCAUCGGCCGUCGCUUCGACCGUCGCUCCGCCCGGCGUGA